UUUCUCUUCUUGAACAUACCUCCAAAAUUGUUUCCUGGUGAAACUAUUGACUACGUUCCUUAGAUUCUGUUCCUUCCUGUCACAUCCUGCAACCCAUUCAGAACAUCGAAAUGCAAUUCACUAUCGUCACAGCUCUGGCGGCCACACUGGCAUGUACCGUCACAGCAACCCUUGACCCGGCUCUUUCCCACUCUGAAGGACAACGCCCAACAAAAUACAACUGCGAUGCCACCAAGAAGUCAAUAGCAAUCCAAGCCGCUGAGUGCUCUCACAACACGCGUACCCACGAAAAACAGACGUUCGCUGUCUUCGUUAUUGAUCAUCAGUAUGAUGACAACCAUGGUGCUCCAUACGGCAAUUGCUCCGCAUACACUUGCGAGCCUCCCGCGACGCCUGGACAAAUGAAGGAUGAUGUGAACUACUGGACGUUCUUCUGGGAGGAAGGGUAUGGCGCUGAGCCUGGCGAGGGGGUAGGAUGUAUCAAGGAUCCGAACACUGGAGAGUGUGGGUGUGAGGAUAGCAAGGAUGGAAAGUUUACCGCAGGCAAGACCGAUUGCGUGUGAGCGAGUUGUGGUAGGACGUUUAUGGCAAUGUGUAGGAGAAUGCAAGCUUGUGGAGAUCGAGAGUCUGGUGUACACACUGCAGUAUCUUGCUAUGUUUCGCUGCUAUCCUACUUGCUGGUCACGAGAGGUUGACAUGCCGUCGAACGACCGGAACAAUAGGGUUGUGGCGAGAAAAUGUUCGUCGGCCUUGGUCGUUGUGGGUAUCAAGUGAAAGUCCUGUCUCCCAAGCCAUCUACCGCGCAUUGAACGAACGAGACCUUCAGCGGAACCGCCAACCCAGAGUCCGAGUUGUCAGCACUGAGAAAAUAGU